UCUUUGUCUGACGUGGUAUCCGGACAAAAUUAAGCUAAUGUUGCCCAGAAUAAACUAUCCCGUAUCAAUUUGUGUAACGUCUAUUCCUGUUUAGAUACUCCGUUAUUUCUGACGAUGCAAAGCAGCUCGCAGCGCGGUGAGGAUUGGGUUCCUGGCACCGGGGAGCUGCCUCUGCUCGGCGCUCAUUGUUAGCCUAGCCGUAGCCGUAGCCAUGCUCCCAGCCGCUUUCACUUCUGUUCCGCACUGGGACCACCGCUGCUAGCUAGCCUGGUAGCUAGCUAGUGAAGCUUCUCCCCUCCAGAUAGGGCCGUCGUUUCGCUGUGUAUGAGCGGGCUAUCGCUUGGUAGACUCCCGUCGUGUUUGAUGGAAGAGCGUCAGCGAGCGGAAGCGGUCCGCCGGUCGUCUUAAAGCGCCCAAACGGGGAUGGUGCGUUUGGGGAGCUAACCAGCAGACCUGACUUUGAGGAAACCUCUCAUCUCUUCACGUUCAACCUGCUCGGCUUUAUUUCACCCGAGAGGGCGGUUACUGGGGGGAGGAAAAAACACACAAACAUUUGUGCCACGAUGGCUUCCUCCUCCGGAAACGACGACGACCUCACAAUCCCCAGAGCGGCGAUCAACAAGAUGAUCAAAGAGACUCUUCCUAACGUGAGGGUGGCUAACGACGCCCGGGAGCUGGUGGUUAACUGCUGCACGGAGUUCAUCCACCUGAUCUCCUCUGAAGCCAACGAGAUAUGCAACAAGUCGGACAAGAAGACCAUAUCCCCGGAGCACGUCAUCAACGCGCUAGAGAGCCUCGGUUUCGCAUCGUACAUCACGGAGGUGAAAGACGUGCUGCAGGAGUGCAAAAGUGUCGCCAUGAAGAGGAGGAAGGCCAGCUCCCGACUGGAGAACCUGGGCAUCCCGGAGGAGGAGCUGCUCCGGCAGCAGCAGGAGCUGUUCGCGCAGGCUCGGCAGCAGCAGGCAGAGCUCGCCCAGCAGGAGUGGCUGCAGAUGCAGCAGGCCGCCCAGCAGGCACAGAUGGCUGCAGCGUCUGCCAGCGCAGCUCAGCAAGCCAGCUCCUCUCAGGACGAAGACGACGAGGAUGACAUGUGAUCCCAGGACGCUGUUCAACCCGUCCCAGUUCUUUACCGGGGCCGCGUGAAAACACACAUCUCCUAGAGCUUUCGUCCACAGAGGCGCGGGACUCCUUGGAGCACUGGAAAAUUCCUGCCGGGAACGAGCAGUGACACACGGGAGGGGAAUUUAAACACGGACCCCUAUUCAGACACUAGUACAGGAAAACAAAUUGGAUCGGAUAAACUGUUAAAUAUUGGCAUCCACCCCACCCUAAUUUUUAGUUGCUUCUGUUGAAAUGACCUUUAUUUUUGUUAUUUGUAGAUUUCUGGGUGUGUUUUGAACCAACUGAGGACAGACGGCGCUGGGGAGAGCUCCUGGAUUUGUUGGCCGGUUAUGUGGCCGUCGGGUUCUGCACCAGAUGACUGGUGCCCAGUGACAGUCAGUGGGUUAGGUGAACUGCUGGAGAUGGAUGCCACCAUGCCGUUCCUCCUUCUUAAAUGUUUGACGGUCAUUUUUCCAACAAGGAUUUUUCUUUACCCCUCCUUGGUAUAUUUGUUCAACAAUGGAUUGUGGGAGAUGUUGUGAAUAUUGAAUUUGUUUGGUUAUGUAAAGAAAUAAAUGAAAGUUUUGUUUAAUUUUAGCUCCUUGUUUUUUUUGUUUUGGAAUAUUUUGUGUCAUUUCUGUUCUUCCUAGAACCACCGCAGUAUUGCUAAUUCGCUACACCUUUGAGAAAGAAUAUUUUUGUCUCAUAGAACCAAAGAUAGAGGACAGACUACCAAGUCCAGAGUUUGUUUUUAAAGGUGUAGGUGCUACUGUGAUUCCCUUUGCUGAUUCCAGAUCAGUGUAAACGAUGUUAAGGAAUAUUAAUGUCUAACUUUGUAAGAUGCUUUCAUAUCCAGGCUGAAUUUGUUACUUUGGGUGCAGUAUCGAGCAACUGGCAUUGUGACUUUGGUCAAUUCCAACUGUAAAGAUGAAGAAACAAUGUUGUGAUACACAUUCACUUGAGUUUAUUACAAAGUUGUAUUCUUUCAGCAAUAAAGGCAUCAUUUUUAUAGACA